GCCCAUGCCAGUGAUACAAUUAACUCUAAACAUUCACUAGAACGAUGAUGCACACCGUUAAAAAUCUCGUGAAGAAUGACCAAAAAAAAUGGUGACACACAUAAGCUCGUCUACUCUACCAAAAAAUGAGGUUCGGAUCUCGAAGACUGGACGGCUCAACAACUAUGUUGCCUAUGGUUUGAAGCUUUUUCAUCAGGAAAGCACCACUGAGGUGGUGCUCAAAGCUAUGGGCUGUGCUAUCCCCAAUGCCAUGGCCACUAUGAAAUUGAUCUGCCGAUUGAUCAAGGCUGUUCCCCAGGUCACAAUUACCAUUGCUUGCCCGAUCUCUUUCAUAGCCUCUGCCUCUUCUGACGGGACGCGUCAUCGCCGGAAUAAAUGGCGAAGUCGAAGUCAGCAGUGUCAAGGUCAGCCCUCUCCUGUUGGUCCUCCUCGUCGGCAUGGGCACUAUCAAAGGAAGAAGCAAUCACCCCCAAUCUGGCGUAAGGUGGAACCGAUGAUUACGGAAUUGUCAAUGGCAACCGUUGAUGAUGAGCACCGUGACGUGAUCGAUGACAGCGGUCUGCAGCCGUUGACCCGUGAGACUGUUAGGCGGUGCGAGGUGAACCAGGAAGCACACGUGGAGGAUGGCAGGCCUCCUCAUGUUGUUCAGUGUCUCGUAGUUGACCCAAUUCCAAGUUUCAGCCCAUCUCUGCCUUUUGGACUUAUGCCAGCUCAAAAAGUCCCCCAUCAAACCAUGGAUGGACCAGUAAUCCAAAUUUCUUCCCUUCACGAGCCUAAUACGGCAGUCGAAAGUAAACUCUCCUUCGAACCAAGGCAAAGACGAUCAAAAGAAGCAAAGUAUCACCUCUCAAUCGGAGUCCCUAAUUUGUCCACAAAUGGCUCAUCUCCUAGGUCCUCUGUAAAGAAACCAAAGGUCGGUGGAGGUGGGGAUGAUUUUGAUUUGGCGCAUUUUUCUGAUGAAGGACUCAAUUUGAGUAUCAGAAUCGGUAGGGGAUUGCAGAAAUGUGAUGCGAAUGAGGAAGGUUUUGCGGUGGUUGAACCAAAUCAACCACCCGGGUCGCCAUGA